UAUGAAUUUCAGAGAGUUGCAGUUCGCCCUAACAAUGAUCUUUGCGAUCGAAGAGAUUAAUAGAAAUACAGAUAUUCUGCCGGACCAUACUCUGGGAUACAAGAUCUACAACGCCUGUGGAUUUGACAACAUCCUGAUGUCAGCUGUAUCUCUAGCUAACGGCCAGACGGAGGUUGCGGAUGGCAACAACUGCACUAAGGACAUGGCCCACGCGAUCAUCGGUCACUCUGCCUCCACACCAACCAUGGGGUUUGCACGCAUCAUUGGCAGGUUUCACGUACCAGUGAUCAGCCACUUUGCCACCUGUGCGUGUCUGAGCAACAGGAGAGAGUACCCCUCCUUCUUCAGGACCAUCCCCAGCGACUACUACCAGAGCAGAGCCCUGGCCCAGCUGGUGAAGCACUUUGGCUGGACCUGGGUGGGGGCCGUGUGCAGUGACAAUGACUACGGUCUCAAUGGCAUGGCCACCUUCAUUCAAGCUGCAGAAGAGGAGGGAGUUUGCUUAGAGUACUCUGAGGCUUUUGAGCAGACAGGAGCACCAGACAAGCUGCUCAGGGUAGUUGAGAUCAUAAAAGAAUCGACUUCCAAGGUCAUCAUAGCUUUCAUGACACACAGAGAGAUCAAGGUGCUGGUGCAGGAGCUGUACAGACAGAAUAUCUCAGGGCUGCAGUGGAUAGGCAGUGAUGCCUGGAUCACUGACACGUCCAUAAUUGACAGCACGGAACUGGGUAUGCUGGUGGGAUCUGUGGGGUUUGCUGUCAGCACGGCUCACAUCCCCGGCCUUGGGGAUCAUUUGAAACAGGUCCACCCCGCCCAGUUCCCCAGUAGCAUGUUUCUCAGAGACUUCUGGGAAACGGUUUUUGACUGCUCUCUGAAUGAGAACGUGGAAAGUCGUAGAAUGGCAUGCAAUGGCUCUGAGAGUCUGAGACAUGUGAACAACGAGUUCACAGACGUGUCUGAUGUGAGGUUUUCUAAUAACGUGUACAAGGCAGUGUACGCAGUGGCUCACGCUCUGCACAACCUGCUCUCCUGUGAGCAGGGCCAGGGCCCGUUCUCUAACAGGAGCUGUGCUGAACUCACACACAUCCAGCCGUGGCAGGUGCUUCACUAUCUACAGACCGUGAAUUUCACCACAGAUGAGAGGGAGUGGGUGUAUUUCGACCCCAACGGAGAUUCACCCGCAAGAUAUGAACUCGUCAAUUUACAAAGUGCCACGUCACAAACCAUGAAAUUCGCUACUGUCGGUUUCUACGAUGCAUCUUUACCAGAAGAUCAUCAGUUCACCAUGACAGGCCUCAGACCCGUUUGGGGGACAGGAAGUGACACGGUGCCUGUGUCUGUGUGCAGUGAGAGAUGUCCCCCAGGAACUCGUAAGGCCGUGCAGAAAGGAAAGCCUGUCUGCUGCUACGACUGUCUCCCAUGUGCAGAGGGAGAGAUCAGCAACCAGACAGACUCUACUGAAUGCCUGAAAUGUCCUAUUGAAUACUGGUCCGAAGCCAGAAGUGACCGAUGUGUCUUAAAAGAAAUUGAAUUCCUGACCUACAUAGAAAUCAUGGGAAUUGUUCUCUCACUUUUUAGUUUGAUUGGGGCUUUUUUAACACUGACCACAGCAGCGAUAUUCUUUCAGUUCAAAGACACUCCCAUCGUCAGGGCCAACAACUCAGAGCUCAGCUUCCUGCUCCUCUUCUCCCUGACUCUGUGUUUCCUGUGUUCUCUCACCUUCAUCGGCCGGCCCUCUGAGUGGUCCUGUAUGCUGCGCCACACGGCGUUUGGGAUCACCUUUGUCCUCUGCAUCUCUUGUGUUCUGGGGAAGACUAUAGUGGUGCUGAUGGCCUUCAGGGCCACACUUCCAGGAAGUGAUGUCAUGAAAUGGUUUGGGCCUCCACAGCAGAGACUCACUGUCCUGGCUUUCACUCUCAUCCAGGUCCUGAUCUGUGUGCUGUGGUUAACAAUCUCCCCUCCUUUCCCCUUUAAGAACAUGGAACACUUUAAUGACAGGAUCGUUCUAGAAUGUGCCUUAGGUUCUGCUGUGGGCUUCUGGGCUGUGCUGGGGUAUAUAGGACUCCUGGCUCUAUUGUGCUUUGUGCUGGCUUUCCUGGCCCGAAAGCUGCCUGAUAACUUCAAUGAAGCCAAGUUCAUCACCUUCAGCAUGUUGAUAUUCUGUGCUGUCUGGAUCACCUUUAUCCCAGCUUAUGUCAGCUCUCCUGGGAAGUUCACUGUAGCUGUGGAGAUCUUUGCCAUUCUGGCCUCCAGUUUUGCUUUACUUUUCUGUAUAUUUGCCCCUAAAUGUUUCAUUAUAUUACUGAGGCCCGAGCAGAAUAAUAAAAAACACAUAAUGGGUAAGGAAACGAAAUAUGUUGGCUACAGAUGA